CCACCCAAACCUUCCGCCGGGGGCUGCGGGGCCCAUGGAGCGGCUAUAGGGUCUGUUCUGCAAACAGCUGAUCACUGCCAAAAUGACAUCUUCAAGCCCAGCCCAGUAUCCAGCAGCUGAGAACACCUGCAGACUCGCACUUGGACAAGUCAACCAGAUGCGCCCCAAAGUGCCACUUCUGAAGAUUCUGCAGGCUGCCGGGGCCCAGGGGGAGACCUUCACGCUGAAGGAGGUUAUGCAUUACCUGGGACAGUAUAUAAUGGUGAGGCAGCUAUAUGAUAAAAGACAGCAACACAUGGUCUACUGUGGAGGAGAUCAGCUGGGAGAACUGCUGGGGCUGGAGAGCUUCUCUGUGAAAGAUCCAAGCCCAGUUUAUGACAUGCUGAAACGGAACCUGACUUCUGCUGCUAUGGCAGAUGCUGCAGAGAAUCUGGCAAAGGAACAGAGCGUCGAUAGGCCAAGCCAAGACCAACUGAAGUUUAUCACACAAGAAGGUUCAGACACUGGCACAAGGGAAGGUGAGAGCAAUGCUGCUUUGUCUACCUCAGAGCCCAAAUGUGGAAAUUAUGAAGACAAAGACUUAAUAGAAAACUUCUCUAAAAGCAAGAAGCCUAAGCUGGACCUAGUGUUUGAGGAAUGGGAUGUAGCUGGUCUUCCGUGGUGGUUUUUAGGCAACCUCAGAAGCAAUUACAAGUCCAGAAGUAAUGGAUCUACAGAUAUUCAGACUAACCAGCAGGACGUAGACACUGCCAUUGUAUCCGAUACUACUGAUGACUUGUGGUUCCUCAACGAAUGUCCAGCAGAUCCGAGCUGUGCCCCAGGCAAGGUGGAAGCUGUUGACUUCGAGGAGAUGAGAGACAGUGACAAAAAGGUGACUGAGGAUACAUGUUUGCAUGACUUGGAGGAUUCGCAAUGCUUAAGCGAUGACACAGAUACAGAAGCUGCCUCUGAGGACUGCUGGCAAUGCACCAAAUGCAAGAAACUCAACUCUCCGCUUAAACGGUACUGUUACCGCUGCUGGGCCUUGCGCAAAGACUGGUACUCAGAUUGUCCCAAACUGGCUCAUUCUCUUUCUCUGUCCGACAUUGAUGCUAUGCAAAACAAAAACGAUGAUGAAGGGAUAGAUGUCCCGGACUGCCGGAGGACUAUUUCUGCUCCCGUUGGCCAACCCAAAGACCUGUACAGGGUGAAAAACAAAGCGUGUGUAGAUCCCUGCAGCUCUAUCGAGUCUUUGGAUUUGGCACAAGAAUGUGAAGGCAAAGAGGCUCUGUUGCAGUUUACUGAACAUAAAAAGGAAGAAGAAAUACAGUCCUUGGAAAGUAUAAAAAAGUUACUGAAUCCCUGCUUCCUCUGCCACCACAGACCACGGGAUGGGAAUAUUGUCCAUGGAAGGACUGCUCACCUGGUGGCCUGUUUCAAAUGUGCAAAAAUGCUGAAGAAAAAGAGGUCACCUUGCCCAGUGUGUAGGAAAGAUAUAGAAAUGGUGAUCAGAAUCUUCAUGGGGUGAUUGUGUUAGUUUAGGGCUCCUCUGCUAAAAUAUUUCCACAGUUUUCUAACAGGCCCACAAAAGCUCAGGGGGUGGAUACCAAAGAGAAUUAAGAUGCAAAACUGACCAAUGACCCCCUAGGAAUCCGCAGCAUCGAAUGAAGCAGCAUCUGUUUUUUGAUGUCUGUUUAAAUUAAAGCACACAGGGAGCGACUUACCUGUUAGGGAUCAAUGCCGUGAGCUUAGAAUUACCCAAAUCUAUUUAAUUUCAGAAGUUCUGUGAUGUCGCUGAUUCUCCGUUUUGACAACUGGUCCUUGCAGAAAGCAGCUUGUGGAAAGAGAACUUUGGCUCUUGGAGUGUUGGUCUCCAGUAGGUCAAAUCCUGUGCAAUGCCUUCUAAGGGAGGAGAAUCCGUGGAAAAUACGGUGGAAAAUACUUUGGAAAAUAGGGUGGUGGGAGUGGGGGGGAGGGAAGGGGGGAUCGUAAGUUAAAUAAGCCAUUUCUCCAAGGAUCAGUUGUCAUGAGGGCGGUGAGAAGUAAAUCCCCUGCUAGAUUCUGCUUGUCUUUUUGAUGUGUUUGUUAGGGUAAACGUGCUCUUACUGCCAGACUUGAGGAAGUCCUUCCAAGCUUCUCAUUCAGAGCAAUCUCAGGUUAUGUAUAUAUCAGUUUGCAGAAGAAUAGGGUGUUAGGCUUUGCUUCUUGAGCCCUUGAGAGUUUUAGUGGCUCUGUUGGUUUGCAAAGCUUUGCUGAAGCCUCUAACACAGCUGAGAAUCUGGCCUGCCAGGUGAGUUGAAUUAUAGCACCUCUGUGUAAGGUUUGGCAUGUUCUAGUAGGUCCCAGCUCCUUCACAACUCCGUAUUUCUCCGGGUCACUUUCCAGAGGCUUUCUUUGGAGUGUGAUAGAGAUUUAUCCACACGUUAUGAACCUUUGAAAAUCAGAAAUGUUGCCUGUGAAACACCAGAUUGCUGCUGUUUAGUCUAUGUCUGGUGAUUAGGCACUGGUGCUUGCUAGUUUUUCAAUCCCUCCGCUGACUUUCCUUCCCAGUGAUCAAGUGCUUCAGGUCUAUUUGUACCAUCUAUAUUAUCCAUAAAAGCAGUGCCCCAUCUGUCCUUUAAAAUGCCUUUGUAAAACAGUGGGAAUUUACUUCUCCCUCUGCCUCUUUUAUCCCUCAUUCCUUAUUCCUUUUUAUUCUUUUGUUGCCUAGAAUGAUGCUGAAGUGUCAGGAGUAGCAGAGCAACUUACGCUUUAGUUUUCUAUGUUAUUUAUUGAAAAGAUAAAUAUUCCUAUGAGCUUUGCAGUUUAGUGGUAUCCAAUGGGAGCAAGAGGUGGAGAUGUCUCUCGGUCUGUUCUCCAGGGCUUUGGGAGAGCCCACGUCAUGUAGCAUUAGUAGUUGUGCCUUCACCUCCAGCCUCCAGGUAGGUGCACACCCACCUCCAUGGGGUGUCUGUCAUCACAUCCCCCAUUUUGCCGUUUCUGUGUAAUUCUCUCCCUGACAUAACCACAUUUUCCUGAAGCCAGACAUUCCCACUUGCCUGCAGCGAAGGAAGUCCCAUUUGGGCCUUGAGACUUGGAGAACCUCAUGGCCUCAGCAGCUCUUCCCCGCUCAUAUUUAGAUGCUUCUCAAGACAGUUUUCCCCUGCUUUCCACGCACCUUCUGCUGAUCCAACCCAGGCCAGCUCUGCACCAAGAGGCCCCAGUCUUGGCUCUGACAGAGUCACUUCUUUGCAGCGAUACUGGACUGGAUGCCAUAGUCCCUGCCUCCCGCUGCCAAAAGACGAGUCCCCUUCAUAUUUCCCACAAUAUCGUGAUUAUUUCUGUGUUAACUUUGCCUCUUCUAGCUUAUUUCCAGUUGUGUUUUAAAAGGCACAGGUUCCCUGGGCAUUUGCUGCACUAUCCAGAGAAGUCCACCUCAAAAUCUCCUUCUUGCUCCCUUGGUCAAGGGGCUGCUCAGUUGCAGGCAGUGCACUUUAAUCCUGGGAAGCUCAGCAGUCUUCCCUCUUGGAGCAGAUGGAAGGAAUUUUGCUGUGUUGUCUCUCCCUUUAUAAGUGGUUUGGGCUCAGCAGGGUACUUGGGAACAAGCCCUUAAUGCACUUCCGAAUACUGUGAUUUUUUCCUCCCCUUCCUCCCCAGUUGUUAAAUUGAACGUUUUGCUGAAAGCAGCUUCACUGAACUGGGCAGGUCUGGGUACACUGAAAAAUACACUCUUUGUGUUGACUAAAAUGGAAGAAAAUCGGGGGGCUUUAGGUUUAAGUUAGGGGUUAAAUACCUGCACCAAAAUCCUACCAAGAUCCACAGACAGGAAAUCAGCAGAGAUUCCUGGAAACACUUAGUGUCC